GUGGCCGGACGCAGACCGAUGAAGUUACUCUUCUCGCUGACUGCAGUCGUGUCGCGUGAGCAUGCGAGAGACAAAACGCUGACGAAAAGGCUCCUCGGUUCUCUCUGCACGCGUCUGACAGAUUGCAAUCCCUCCGUGAAGCUGCUAACAAAGCAUUCCUGUGUACACGGUGGCGAGAGAGAGGGAAGGAGGGAGAGAAAGAGGAGACAGAGACAUCGGGGGAAACAUUCAGCGUCGCUUUGGCAAAAGGAAAAGUUUUGCUUCCGUCUUUGGACUCGGCCCUCAGAGGCCGGGCGGUGCGGUUAAGUUGCCACGUUGCCAUGGAGAUGGAAUACAUCCUCCUGAAGAGCUCCUCCCCUCAGAAGGUGUGCCACUCGCAGACGCAGACCGACGUCUUGAAGCCCUUGCUGGGUGCUGGUGCUUCUGGAGGGGGGACCCUGAGGAAGAGGAGGCGUGUCCUGUCCAAAGAUGGGCGGAGCAACGUGCGCAUCGAGCACGUCAGCGGGCAGAGUGCCCUGUACAUGCGUGACCUCUGGACAACGUUUCUGGACAUGCAGUGGCGCUACAAGUUCUUCCUGUUCACGGCCACGUUUGCGGGGACUUGGUUCCUUUUCGGGGUCCUGUGGUACCUCAUGGCCCUGGUGCACGGAGACCUACUUGAGUUUGAUCCACCUUCCAACCACACACCGUGUGUGAUGCAGAUGCAGACCCUGACGGGGGCCUUCCUCUUCUCCCUGGAGACCCAGACGACCAUCGGCUACGGUUUCCGUUGCAUCACUGAGGAAUGUCCUGCUGCCAUCGUCCUCCUCAUCGUCCAGCUGGUCAUCACCAUGCUGAUGGAGAUCUUCAUCACCGGUACCUUCCUCGCCAAGGUCGCCCGGCCAAAGAAGCGCGGUGAGACGGUGAAGUUCAGCCAGCAUGCGGUGGUGUCGACCCACGAGGGGAAGCCCUGCCUGAUGAUCAGGGUGGCCAACAUGCGCAAGAGUCUCCUGCUGGGGUGUCAGGUCAGUGGAAAACUGCUGCAGACGUCUCUGACCAAGGAAGGCGAGACAGUUCGUCUGGACCAGAGGAACGUAUCGUUCGAGGUGGACAUGUCCAGCGACAGCCCUUUCCUCAUCCUGCCCCUCACCUUCUACCACCUCAUCGAUGACAACAGCCCCCUGCGAGCCUGGGCGGCCAAAGGUGGGGGCUGGACGGAUCCAGAGUUGGCGGACUUCGAGCUGCUGGUGAUCAUGAGCGCCACGAUUGAGCCGACCUCGGCCACCUGCCAGGUGCGCACCUCCUACCUGCCGGAUGAGAUCCUCUGGGGCUACGAGUUCCCCCCCGUGGUCUCCCUCUCCCCAUCGGGGAAGUACGUGGCGGACUUCGGUUUCUUCGACAAAGUGGCCAAGACCAAGACGGCGCCCGUCUUCAAACCGUGCAGCCCGCAGCGCGCGUACCAGAGCAACGGGGCCGGGCCCGUGCCAGAUGUGGCCGAUCCAGAGAAGAUCCGUCUGGAGCAGAACUACCGGGACAGAGGGGGGGAACGAGGCCGGGCGAGAGACACUCCCCUCAGUGUUCGCAUCAGCAACGUGUGAACGAUGACGGAGUGGAAGGAAACAUCACGUGGAAACAGCUCGGACACUUUUAGACUGAAUGGAACCUCUGGACGACGUCUGGGGAGAUAAAACAUGGAGGACGACUGUAACUCACAUGAAGGCCUAACACACUGCUGACUGCAGCUACUGCUUCUAUUUCAGUGUGGCGAGUGCACACACACC